AUGCACCAGAGAGAAGAACAAGUCUACCAGGAACUGUACUGGAAUUUAAUCGUUGCACUCAGCGGCUGGACCAUCGUCUUUGCUCCAGCACUAAUGCUCAUGCUCAGGAGCGACAGAGAAAGGUCUUUGGACGAAAAAUUCAUCGGAAUAACAGUUGAAAGAACAAAUCGCUCCCGAGAAAGAAACAACAGUCGCCGACUUGGGAUCGCCUGGCAGCGUCCUUCUUACACCAAAGACCUGAAUUUACUGCUCAGCAACAAGAAAAACGCGAAUCGGAAAAGGACUCCUUCAGUCUACUCUUUCACUGACUCCAAGUCUCGCUUCUGCUAA